UCCGCGCUGCCACCAUGGUUCACGCCGUCGCCCGCGUUCUCUUGUUCACACUGGCCGCGCUCAGUGCGUCAGGCCAGGGCCAGCUCCCGCUAGGUGCAGAUAUAGCCCCGCAGAUGCUGCGCGAACUGCAGGAAACAAACGCCGCGCUGCAGGACGUGCGGGAGCUGCUGCGGCAGCAGGUCAAGGAGAUCACGUUCCUGAAAAACACGGUGAUGGAGUGUGACGCGUGCGGGAUGCAGCCAGCUCGCACCCCGGGUGUGAGCGUGCGGCCGCUGCCCCAGUGCGUACCCGGUUCCUGCUUCCCCGGAGUGGCCUGCACCGAGACGACAAGCGGCGCGCGCUGCGGCCCCUGCCCCGCGGGCUUCACCGGCAACGGCUCGCACUGCGCGGACGUCAACGAGUGCAACGCCCACCCCUGCUUCCCUCGUGUCCGCUGCAUCAACACCAGUCCUGGCUUCCGCUGCGAGGCUUGCCCGCCAGGGUACAGUGGGCCCACCCACACGGGCGUAGGACUGGCCUUUGCCAAGGCCAACAAACAGGUCUGUACGGAUAUUAACGAAUGUGAGACCGGACAGCACAACUGCGUCCCCAACUCUAUGUGCGUGAAUACCCGGGGCUCCUUCCAGUGCGGCCCGUGCCAGCCCGGUUUCGUGGGCGAUCAGACAUCCGGCUGCCAUAGGCGAGCACAGCGCUCCUGCCCCGACGGCACACCCAGUCCGUGUCACGAGAAAGCCGACUGCGUCCUCGAGCGAGAUGGCUCUCGGUCGUGCGUGUGUGCAGUCGGCUGGGCGGGCAAUGGGCUCCUCUGCGGCCGCGACACGGAUUUGGACGGGUUCCCGGACGAGAAGCUGCGCUGCUCGGAGCGCCAGUGCCGAAAGGACAACUGCAUGACGGUGCCCAACUCAGGGCAGGAGGACGUGGAUCGUGAUGGCAUCGGAGACGCCUGCGACCCGGAUGCCGACGGAGACGGGAUCCUCAACGAGGAGGACAACUGCCCGCUGGUGCGGAACCCAGACCAGCGCAAUUCGGAUGGCGACAAGUGGGGAGAUGCCUGUGACAACUGCCGGUCUCAGAAGAACGAUGACCAGAAGGACACUGAUCGGGAUGGCCGAGGCGACGCCUGUGACGAUGACAUCGACGGCGAUCGGAUCCGAAAUGUAGCUGACAACUGCCCCAGGGUGCCAAACUCAGACCAGAAAGACAGUGAUGGUGAUGGUGUAGGGGAUGCCUGUGACAACUGUCCCCAGAAGAGCAAUCCAGACCAGAGGGAUGUGGACCACGACUUUGUGGGAGAUGCUUGUGACAGCGAUCAAGAUCAGGAUGGAGAUGGGCACCAGGACUCGAGGGACAACUGCCCCACAGUGCCCAACAGUGCCCAGCAGGAUUCAGACCAUGAUGGGCAGGGCGAUGCCUGCGAUGAUGAUGAUGACAACGACAGGGUUCCAGACAGUCGGGACAAUUGCCGUGUGGUGCCCAAUCCAAACCAGGAGGACUCAGACAGGGACGGUGUAGGUGAUGCGUGCCAGGGUGACUUUGAUGCAGACAAGGUGGUGGACAAGAUUGAUGUGUGUCCGGAGAAUGCUGAAGUCACUCUAACUGACUUUCGGGCCUUCCAGACUGUUGUGCUGGACCCUGAGGGCGAUGCGCAGAUAGACCCCAACUGGGUGGUACUCAACCAGGGGAUGGAGAUUGUGCAGACGAUGAACAGCGAUCCUGGUCUGGCUGUGGGUUACACGGCCUUCAAUGGCGUGGAUUUCGAAGGCACAUUCCAUGUGAACACGGUCACGGAUGAUGAUUACGCCGGCUUCAUCUUUGGCUACCAAGACAGUUCCAGCUUCUACGUGGUCAUGUGGAAGCAGAUGGAGCAAACCUACUGGCAGGCUAAUCCCUUCCGCGCAGUGGCUGAGCCUGGCAUCCAGCUCAAGGCCGUGAAGUCCUCCACAGGCCCUGGGGAGCAGCUUCGGAAUGCUCUGUGGCACACAGGGGACACAUCAUCACAGGUUCGAUUGCUGUGGAAGGACCCCCGCAAUGUGGGCUGGAAGGACAAGACAUCCUACCGCUGGUUCCUGCAGCACAGGCCCCAAGUGGGCUACAUCAGGGUGCGGUUCUAUGAGGGCCCUGAGUUGGUGGCUGACAGCAAUGUGGUCCUGGAUACAACCAUGCGGGGUGGCCGCCUAGGGGUCUUCUGUUUCUCACAGGAGAAUAUUAUCUGGGCCAACCUGCGCUACCGCUGCAAUGACACUAUCCCUGAGGACUAUGAGACCCAGCAGCGGCUGCGGGCCUAGAAAUGUGAGAGGACCACCGGACACUGGCUGAGGAUUCUGCACCAGCCUGGAAAGGCAGCCAAUCUUGGGGGCAGGCAGGGGUUCAGACAGAAUGAAAUAAAGUACGUUU